AUGUGGUACAAGGGAGAGUGGUGCACCCUCCAGUCAGCCAGCGGGAGAUUGUUGCAGGCUAGACCACCCACCCUGACUGGCGCCCCCUAUAUCCUCAAACGGCUCCAAAGCCUCAAGAUGGAGGGGAGGCAGAUUGCUGCAGUCCCUGCAGGCAUAACCUGGAUACCACCCCCCUCCCCAGAGACCCAGUGUGCCCCUGUGGGAUCUCCCUGCUCCCAGAAGGCUGGGCACUCAGGAACUCCUCCCCGCUUCACAUUCUUCCUGCUGCUGCUGCUGCUGCUGCUGCUGCUGCCUGCCUGGGACUGUGGUCGCCCUGAUUGGUUGAAGACCACAAAUGAACAAGAUUCUAUGGAGUACAGGUGGCCAUGGCAAGUAAGCCUGCGACAGAAUCAACGCCACGUGUGUGGAGGGGCCCUCCUGGCUAAGGAAUGGGUGGUGACAGCUGCCCACUGCAUCAACAGCAAUUUCGAUUACUCAGUUAUGAUGGGGGAUGUGAAUCUUUAUCCUAAUAACUCCAACACCUUCCAAAUAAUCCCUGUCUUGGACAUCCUCCUUCAUCCAAAGUACAAGAUUCGCACCUUGAUCACUGGGGACAUUGCCCUCAUCCGCCUGAGUUUCCCCGUGACCUUGACCAAAUAUAUCCAGCCUAUUUGUCUGCCUCCCUCUCUGUUUGAUUUGAAGAUUGGGACCCAAUGCUGGGUGACAGGAUGGGGUGAAGUGAAAGAAAAAUAUAAAGGUCGACCAUUAUCCUCAAAGCUCCAGGAGACAAAGGCCUUCGUCGUUAACCACAAUAGGUGUGACCAGCUUUACCACAUUACUCCUCCUUCUCCCCGAUACAUCCCUUUUGUCAAGGGAGCUGUGAUUUGUGCCGUAAGCCCCCAAAAUGAGACUUUAUGCCAGGGUGAUCCUGGAGGGCCCCUUGUCUGUGAAGCUGAAAAGACCUGGAUACUGGCAGGGGUGAUGAGCUGGGUGAAAAGCUGUACCCAACCAGAGGUGCCAAGUGUUUAUGCCCGAGUCAGCAAGUUCUCUAGGUGGAUCACAGGCCACAUGACGCCCUCAGCCUCCCCUCUCCUGACCUCCUCCUGGAUCACUCUCCUUUUUGGGCUGUUGCCCCGUCUUUUCUGA